AUGUCGGACACGGAGGAGCAGGAAUAUGAGGAGGAGCAGCCAGAAGAGGUGGAGGAGGAGGAGGAGGAGGAGGAAGCCCCGGAGGAGCCGGAGCCGGUGGUAGAGCGAGAGGAGGAGCGCCCCAGACCGAGCCGCCCCGUGGUGCCUCCGCUGAUCCCCCCAAAGAUCCCGGAAGGGGAACGUGUGGACUUCGAUGACAUCCACCGGAAGCGCAUGGAGAAGGACCUGCUGGAGCUGCAGACGCUCAUCGACGUGCACUUUGAACAGCGCAAGAAGGAGGAGGAGGAGCUCAUUGCGCUGAAAGACCGCAUCGAGCGGCGCCGGGCGGAGAGAGCGCAACAGCAGCGCUUCAGGACCGAGAAGGAGAAGGAGCGGCAGGCCCGGCUGGCGGAGGAGAAGAUGAGGAAGGAGGAGGAGGAGGCCAAGAAGCGGGCGGAGGAUGACGCCAAGAAGAAGAAGGUCCUGUCCAACAUGGGGGCCCACUUCGGGGGCUACCUGGUCAAGGCGGAACAGAAGCGGGGGAAGCGGCAGACGGGGCGGGAGAUGAAGCUUCGCAUCCUGUCGGAGAGGAAGAAGCCUCUGGACAUCGACUACAUGGGCGAGGAGCAGCUCCGGGCCAAGGCCCAGGAGCUGUCGGACUGGAUCCACCAGCUGGAGUCAGAGAAGUUUGACCUGAUGGAGAAGAUGAAGCAGCAGAAGUAUGAGAUCAACCUGCUAUACAACCGCAUCAGCCACGCCCAGAAGUUCCGGAAGGGGGCAGCGAAGGGCCGCCUGGGGGGCCGCUGGAAGUGA